UCCACACUGUCAACUUUGUUUAUUUUGAUGCCUCCUGUCUGAUUCAGAUCGUCGUGGUGUCGGGGAGUCAGUGUCAGUGUCAAGUCCACCGCUUUUAAAAUCAAAGCACUUAUAGUUUGAGAGUGUUUUUUUGGAGGGUGUGACAUUUCAGGAGCAUGGCCGAGGGUCCAGAGGCUGAUGUUGACGACCCGCCUGGUAACAGUGUCCCACCGCUCAUCACUGUUUCUGAUCUGCCCAGUGCCACUGCUGCAGGCCGAAACUUAAAGGAAUGGCUGCAGGAGCAGUUCUGUGACAAGCCUCUGGAGCAGGAUGACAUGCGGCUCCACAACGCGGCCUACGUCGGAGACCUGGACACCCUGAGGAACCUAAUGCAGGAAGACAGCUUCAGACAGCGUAUCAAUGAGAAGUCUGUGUGGUGCUGCGGCUGUCUGCCCUGCACCCCCCUGCGGAUUGCAGCCACAGCAGGACAUGCUCCCUGCGUUGCCUAUCUGAUCGCCCAGGGAGCCGAGGUGGACCUAGUUGAUGUAAAAGGCCAAACGGCCCUCUACGUAGCUGUUGUUAAUGGUCACCUGGAAUGUGUCCGGAUCCUCCUUGAAGCCGGAGCUGACCCCAACGGAAGCCGCCACCACCGUAGUACCCCGCUGUACCACGCUGCACGGGUGGGACGGCUGGACGUACUGCAGGAACUCAUCAGGUUCAAAGCUGAUGUUGACAUGGACCACCAGCUGGGUCCCCGGCUCCUCUUAAGUGCCCGCACCCUCAACACAUUAGUGGUGUGUCCUCUCUACAUCAGUGCUGCCUAUCACCACCUCCAUUGCUUUCGAGUGCUGCUCCAGGCUGGUGCUCAGCCUGACUUCAACUACACAGGGCCAGUUUGCCAGGAGGCUCUGACCCGCGGUCUGGCCUCCUGCCUGCUGGAUGCUGUGCUGCGACAUGGAUGUGAGGUGGGAUUCAUCCGCCUGCUGCUGGACCACGGGGCUAACCCGGCACUUGUUCCCUGGGAAUCAGAGCUUGAGGCUCCUAACCGGAGGAAGGUGGAUCCAGAGGCACUCAGGGUCUUCCUGGAGGCGAGGAGAAUCCCUCGUAGGCUGACGCACCUGUGUCGGAUCAGGAUCCGUAGAGCAAUGGGCAAAAGCCGUCUAAACAACAUACCAUCAUUACCACUGCCACAACCCAUCAAGAACUUCCUGCUUCACGAAAACUGACAUGCCCCCUCCUCUUCUUCAGAGCUAUUCCAACCCAAACCUUAAAAAAACGCCAUUGUCAAUCUCAAAGACAAGCCAUAGGAUACAGUCUUUUGUGAUCCCAGUUCGCUAAUUGCUUAUUAUUUUCUAAUUGUAAACAGUUAGUAACGUUUUUUUUCCAAAUAUUUUGAAGUUCACAGAUAUGUAAUACUUUAAUCUUCCUAUUACUAUGAUAAUUUAUUUAACUUAUCAGCGAAAGCUUAAUAUGUCCUGCCUUGUGGUGACUGUAGGUGUAUAGUACAUGUUAGUAAUCCCCUCACUCUGGUUUAACAAGUGGCAACAAUAUUACACAAGUGAUCAAUAAUCCAAAAAAAAAAAAGUGCAAGAAUGAAAAGCAAAAUCAAUUCAAGGCCCCGGAUCCUAACUGAAACAUAUGUACAUUGGAGAUGAGUUUACAUGUUUAAUGUCUAAUCAGUGAUUUAUGUAUCUGUGUCUUAAAUCAUGAGGGAGAUAUGUAACUCGUAAACUUAGCACUGAAUAAGCACAUUUUACUAAACUUCACAUGACAGUGAUAUCGAUUGAAAAGUUAAUUUAUGCUGAAUAUUAUAACUUUGUAGUUAUUAUGCAGAAAGCUGCUGUGAGUCUAUUGGAGUUAAUGUCUACUGUGCCUGUCUGCUCCUCAGCUUCUUUAUUUUUUCUCUCUCUC